AAUGGCAGUCGGAUGAUAAGCUUUCAGUUCCUGCUUACUAAAAUCUCGUGUUUGGGUUAUUUUUUUGUGGAUUUUAACGAAAACGGAAUUAGAUAUAAAGAGUAUAUAUCUAUCCACGUAGAACUAUGCACUGAUUGCUUGAAAUUUGUGUACAACUAAAUAAAUAAAAUAGGUAAAAGAGGAGAAUGCCACCACCACCUCCUCCUCCCCCAGGCCCGCCACCCCCACCUGGUCCCCCACCCCCUCCCAGUGGCAAGGGGCCUAAACUAGGGGGUGCUACACCAUCCAAAGACAGGGGGGCCUUGCUGAACUCCAUUCAGAAAGGAGCCAAGCUGAAGAAGGCUGUUACCAAUGACAGAAGUGCACCAAUCGUCACUGACAAGCCAUCUGGGGGUGGAGGAAGGGGGCCUAUGGGCAUGCCCCUGCCCGUCCCAGGGGGAGGAAGAGGGGGGGGCAGAGGUGGAAGUCAGACUGUCGCCCUGAGGCCCAACUCUGGUGCCCGGGAUCCUAUUCCCAAUUUUGGUCGUGGCUCAGCAGAUGAUUGUGAGAAGGCUAGCUCAUAUAUAAUACCUCCCAGUAAACGACCGGCACCUAAACGUCCGUCUGUACCAGCGCCACCUAGACCAGAUGCAAUGCCAGCCGCACCAGUGGGUGGUAUGGGGGGCCUGUUCGCAGGGGGCGUGCCGCGCCUUCCCAACAGAGGGGGCCGCACCGCAGGAGGGGCCAGCAGGGGAGCACCUGGUUCCGCACCACUUCGUCCCCCAGGAGGUAGCAACCGGCCAGUAGCCAACGGUUUGUCCAACGGACCCACAGGCCGCAGUGGACCACCACCCCCGCCACCGGCAGAAAACAAACCAACACACGCUCACAGUGAAACGGACCUUUCACGUAUCAGUGGCAAUGUGGGAAAUGUGUCAAAUUCAAUAGCAGGACUAAAUAUUAGCAGUGAAAGUCUGAAUCAUGUGGUAUCGCGGACUCAUUCGUCAGGGGCUUCAUCGAGUGUUCCCAAGGCAAUGCCCCCUCCUCCCCCAAGUCGAGGUCCCCCCUCAGGCCCACCCGUGGGCGCAGCUCAUGGUGCUUUAAAUCGACCGCCUCCCCCAAAUUCACGACCUCCCAGCAUAUCUGGCAGGCCGCUGCCACCACCCCCUUCACCAGGGCUGUCCUCUGAUCGCAAUAGUGUGGGGUCAAAUAGAGAAAGUCUAUCAUUUCCCCCUCCUCCUCCCUCAAUUAGUGAUAGCAAUUCGCGGGCGCCCCCUCCUCCUCCCAGUUCAAAUAAACCGCCACCCCCCUCCAUCGAAUGCAAAUAAACCCCCGCCUCCCCCCUCCCCAGGAAUUGGAAACCAUAACAGAUCUGCAGCACCACCCCCUCCCCCGUCUUCUCGCCCCCCUCAACUUAAACCACAAAUGUCUAGGCAAGAUUCUGGCCCCCCACCCCCUCCCCCCACACUGCCGCCCAGUGGGAGGGCAGGCCCCCCUCCCCCACCCGGUAGGACCACACCCGCCAGCGCAGGGGGAACUAUUGGUCGGUCAGGAAGGACUGGGCCCCCACCACCUCCCCCCAUGCGAAAUAAUGUGGCCCCACCUCCACCUGAGAGACGAUCUUCAGUACAUUACAGUGGAGGACAUGAUGAUUUUGAGGAAAAGUUCCACUUUCAUCUCCCUAACGAGUUUCCUCCUCCUGAGCCAAUGAGUAAAGACAAGAAAGCCUAUCCCAGUAAAAGUGUCCGCAAUAAGCCAGAUAGAAGACCCCCACCCCCUCCUCCAAAUGUUUGAAUGUUCCUGCCAGCUACUACAACAAAAGGGUCCCUGGGUUUAUAACUAUGGUAACGUGCUGGAAGAAUAAGAACCAUGGCGACAGAAUGGGCGCUGCCUGGUGGCUGUUUGUGAUAUAUUGAAUGAUUGAUGUAACGGGAAGGUGAUUGGAUAGUUGAUAAUCAUGAAAUAAUAAACAUCAGUUGCAUAGAAUGCAAAUCAUGUGCAUAACUUACAUCGGUUUGAAUGUUUGUAUAUGCAACUACCAAAACAAUUCCAAGUUACAAUUGCUAAUUGUUGGUGCCGUGGGACGACAUAUCAAUCAAUACUUGAUUGCAUGAACCAGUCAGAGGGGAUUCCUUCAAAGAGUUAAAGCUCAAGGAUCAAUCACUGUGAUGUACUGGCAUGCACGCUUACACAAAACCAGGUUACUCUAUGUAUAUAUACAGGGGUGUGAUUUUUCCUCCUUUCAGUUGAUUUCCUCUCUUUCAACGUCAAACUUAUUUUACAAAUAGUUAUUUACUUUACUGAAUCUUUAUAAAAAUUAGGAGAUUGAUUUAACCCUGUAGGGUGGGGGUAGGGCAUUUUCCUCCUCUCAGGUGGUUCUUAAAUCCCACCCCUUUCUGAUAGCAUCAAUAAAAAUAGCAGAUGCAUUAGCCAUUCUGUAUAAGGAUCAGAGUCAGUGAAGGGGUAUAGUUAAUAUUGCACCCCAAGUGAUGUCUACCAAUUGCAAGGGCCAAGGUUAACAGUAAUUGUCAAGAUGGCAAUAUUUACUUUGCCCUGAUAAAUACCUAUUAUAUUUUUUAUUAUUCUACAGAACAAACAUGCUGUACUUAAAAUAAAAAACAAGUCAAACAUGUAGCUAUUGUCUGGGAAUCAAGCGCUGAUCAAAAUUAAUUCGUUUGAUUCAUUUUAAUUCUGAUUAUUUGCUUGAAUGUAAUUAUUUGAAAAAUCAAUGCUUUUAUUAUUUAUAGCACUUCAUGCUGCAUAGAUUGAAAAAGUGUGCAUGAUCGGAAUUCAUUAUGUUAUUUGGCGGGGGAUAUCAAAUCAUUGAAUUUGCUCGUUGAUAUAUAACGUUUAUGUAGGGAUGGGUAUUUGUAAAUUUACCAUUAGAAAGUCAUGGGAGUUUUACUAAAAAGUAAAAAUGUUCUUUUUCAUAAUGACUUGUAAGCCUCUUGUACAAAGGUCUUAACCCUUAAAGCGCUGGAGCUGAAUUUUAAAGGCCUUUGCAAACAGUUUGGAUCCAGAUGAGACGCCACAAAACGUGGCGUCUCAUCAGAAUCUAAACUGUUUGCUAUUCUGAUAGUAUUCUUUGAAAAAAAAUCGAAGAAAAUGCUAAUUUUAGAAAUUCUGCAGACGACAUUUUAGCAGACGACAAAUUUCCCAGCAUGCAAAGGGUUAAUCCUGUUAUUCUGUGGACAGAACUGUGUAGAAUUAGGCUUUAUAUGGGAAGACAUUAUCACUUCUAAUAUUAAUGUCAAUGAAAGAUUUCAAUUAUAAGUUCAUGCAACAUGAUGAAUCCCAAAAUUUUGCAAUGUUGUUUAACGUCACAUUCCACAUAAGUGUGGAAAACGCGUUAGGCUGUAGACAGACUUGAUGUUAUCAGCUUGGGAAAGAAAAUAGUUACAGCUGUAUAGUGUAUGUUAAUAUUUUGGCAGUGGGAAACCUGAUGUUUUCACCAUAUUGCAUACCUCAAUAUUUUUUUGCAAUUCAUAGCAUAGCAACUUAAUAUACUCUAGUCCACACACUUGUUAGGUUUCAGGUCCCUUUUGUUUGUGUGAUUCACAUGUUUUGUUCCACCAGUUAUUGGUGCAAUUGCAGUUUGUCACUGUUACAUCCGCUAGAGAAAUUGAAAUAUAAGUUUACACUGAUUCAGACAACUUAUUGUCAGUUUUGUAUGAGUUGCGUCUUGAAAAAAAAUUGGUCUUAUGCCAUAUGAGGCAAGCGUUGCUCCAGCCCAGCUUGUGUAAUCAGGUCGAUGUCUGUUAUAAAUUUUAAAAGGUUUUGUGCACUCAUCAAGAAGGGGGACUCCUGACCAGACUGCAUGGAUGGCAUAGGAACAAUUGUUUCGUGAGGCUGGUCAUUUUAUGUAUUACCCAGUAGUAAAGACUGUUCUGUUGAAUCUGAUCUGAAGUAUUUGUGUCAAAAAGAAAUUUGUUUAGAUUGUUAUUGUUUUAUCUAAUUUAGUACAGGAUGUUUUGUUAAAUUAUUUUAACUUUAAAUCAACUUGAUAACAAAAAUGAGUUGAUGCCUUUUUUUUAACCAUCAUUUUGCUAAUAUCUGCAAACACAAUUCUUGUGACAUGAAGUUCUUCUGUAACAUUUUCCUAAAGCUGUAUAAAUACAGUCUUAACAAGUAAACCUUUUGUCAAGAUUUCUUACCUAUGGUUUACUGAUGACUGAUAGUGCAUUAAGCACUUCCAAAUAAGUGUUGUACCCUACAUUGCUUCAUACUCUACCAUCAGGUGAAGGAUAGAAAAACAGCCUUGCAUUUUACUAUUUAAGUAUGUCUUAACCCUUUCUUAAGCAAGGUAAAAUGGCUUUUGCAACCAGCAUAAAACCAGAACAGCCUGCCAGUUACUCGCAGUCUUUCUUAGGUUUUAUGCUGUUUGCUGCUCAUCAGUAUCUAAGGGUUAGAAAUGAAGCCUUUAAACUUGAAUUAAGUAAGAAAGGUCUUUAAUUGAAUGUUACUUUCUAAGGGACUACACAUGCAUCAAAAUACGUAUCUAAGUGAUUGAGGGUUAAUUGUGGAUAAUUACUUGUCUCAAUAGUUUAUUUACAUUCCAAAUAUUAUAGUAGACAAACAAUAUAUUAAUUUAUUUUACACAAGGUCUGUAUACUUUUGGUAUAGAAAUGGUGUAUCACACAUUAUAUCAUGUAAAAUGAAGUCAGAUUGUUUGUUUGAAAGUAUGUUUAGUUAUUACAAAAUGUAGAUAGUGAGAAACAAUAUUAGUUAAACAAGUAUGAGUGGCAUAGGCUUGCACAUGAUUUAUAUUCAUUUAAACUACUUAAUUAGUUUAAUGUUCUCUGAUUGCUCUUCUUAUGAGUAUCUUAUGUUUAGUGUUAAUACUAGCACAAAGUUGCAUAAUCCAAAAAUCAUUCAACAUUGUCAGAGCAAACUAUGUAUUUUUGCAAUUUCUCAAUUAUUUUGUAUGUAAUUUUUACAAAUUAAUUCUCAUGGACUCUGAUUACUUAUUUCUAAAACUGUAUGAACAUUUCUUCAAUUAGUUACCCAUGGGACAUUUUUGUACAAUGUAUAAGAUCAGUUGAGAAAUAGAUGUUCUGGUUAACAAGAAAAUAUGCACAUAUUAUGGUUCAUAAAACCAUAUAAAACAGAAACUGUCUUAUAAUAAAACUGCAGUGAAAAACUCAUAUUUAGCUCUAGUUGUCACAGUUCAUACUAGCAUAUGACAUACAUAAACAUGGUGUUUUUUAUAUUAAUAUUUAAAAUAUUGGCAAUGGUUUUCAUCACAUGCCCUAUACUGAUUAAUUUAAACCUUUCCUACUCAAAAGAACAGUGACAAUGGCUAUAUGCAACCAGGAUAAAACCAGAACAGCCUGCGAGUAACUCGCAGUCGGUUCAGGUUUUAUGCUGUUUGCUGCUCAUCAGUAUCUAAGGGCUGGAAAUGAAGCCUUUAAAACUUGAAUCUAGUAAGAAAGGUCGUAAAUUAAAAAUAACUUUGUAAGGGACUUCACAUGCGUAUCUUAGUGGUAAAGGGUUAAGGUGGGCUUGAAACAAUUAUUUGCUAUAAAAUAAUGACACCAAAGUUCAUGCUUGCUAUGCUGUACUGUUAAUUUCAAUGUUUUUUUGAGUGUCUGAUUUUGUUUGUGUGUCAUGAUAUUUAUGCAUCAGCAAUUUAAAAUGGUAUUUACUUUGAUGGCUGUAUAUUGACUUUUGAUAGAUAUUAUGUUCUAUUGACAUGUGCAGCUUGUCCAAUCUGUGUCCAUUCCGCUUGUUAUUGUUUUUGUUCAGAGUUCUAUUUUGUAUUCUAAUAAAUAUAAGCGUGCAUUUCGACGAGAACAGAUGUGUAUAUAAUUUUUACCAGUCAUUAUUUAGCAAUUUGUUUGAAUAUUGAACUCGGCAUAUAUGACAGAGAAAACUAGUUGAACCUUGUUUUGCACCCAUGACCUGGUCAAAUAGAAUGUUGAUUUGUGUCUGGUCAAGUGAUGUGAUAUAAAAAUGACACUUUUUUUUUAUUCACAUGCAGUAUCUUAUUUUUCUUAAGCAUUGCUGAUCAGGAUAGUAAUUUCUAACAUGUAUCAUGUUAAAUGAAUACUUAUGGUUUUGGUGAUUAGAAAUAUGCAACGGAAAUUGUAGCCAUCUAGAACUUUACAACCAGGCAGUUCUAGGCAUUAAGAAUCAACUAAAGUCAGCGAUUGAAAGUGAUGUAACACAGUCAAACAUCAUAGUGAAAUGAAGCAAUACAUUGUUUUUUUUGUGCAGAAAUUGUACUUCAAGUAUCAUGUAUAAGAAUUUUUCAUGGCAGUGAAAUUAAUGGGGUUGAAAAAAAAACUGUCAAUUAUGCUUACAUAUUUUUAUGUGAUGGCUCAAGUAUUGAGCGUAAAAUAUAAUAUGAAUAUAUCAUAAAUACAUAUGAAUAUAUUCAUAAAUGUAUGAUUAUUUACCAUGAUGAUGUAUAUUUUAGUGUAUUAUUAAAUUAAUUAUUUCAAGUAAUAAUACUACACAAAGAUUUAUGCAGAUGUUUGCUUGUAAUAUAUAUUACGUAUGAUUACAAUGAUUACCUGUAAUUAUACACUAUUAUUUAUGGCAAAAUUUUAAAGUUUAUUUUUCACAUAUAUUACAAUAUGUCUCUGUAAUUGUUCGCCUACAUAUUAUACGCUUAUAUCAUUCAUCAAGAUAAUGUCUUUGAGUGGUUACAAUAUACAUGUAUAAUCUUUGAGUGGUUACAAUAUACAUGUAUAAUCAGUAAGACAUUUGUGUUCUUCAAACUACACUGAACUUUUUUUAAACACAAACAAGUGUUGGUGCUUUGUUUUCUUGCACUGCACAUCGUUAUUCAGGCUUUGACAAUACUGUAGAUUAAUUUAUUUUGGUGACUUUUUUUCUAAAUUUUUUAUGUUGGACUUUAUGUUCCUUUAACAUUUAUUUGUUUAGAAGACCACUAAAAUACACAAAAAUUAUUGCCUGCUGACAAACAAUAUUGGUUUUACAGAAAAUAGUGUUAAUAUGCUGAAUGUAACAAGUGUACAUCUCUAGUUAAUGCAUACUUCAUCAUACAUUAGUUAGUCCAUGGGUUAAAAUAACCAUUGUCUAACUCACUUGCUGUAUAUUUAAUAUUAAUAUAUAUUUUGGACACAGCUAAUGUUGCUGGUUUAAAUGGCACUUCCAGUGUAUUAUAAGUUUACUGUAAUCUGUAAAAGAUGUAUAAUAAAAAAUAAUUAUUAUUAUUAUGUAAUUACUGUCCAGUCACAGCACAAAAUAUUACCUUAACAUUUUAAGCACAUACAAUUUCAUGUUAGACCAAAUAUUUGUCACUCAAGUUUCAAAAGAAAAUGUUAUCAGAUUUUUAUACAAGAAUACAUAUUCAACAAAAAUUAAUUAAGCAACUGUUGUUUCUGAAUGUGUUUAAGGAUAGAGAUGUUGACUGUGAUUGAUAUUUGAUGCAUUAUAUGUGUUUGAAUCACUGUCUUUUGUUUAGCUUUCUAUAUUCAGCAAUUGAUUUUUGCAUGGAAUGUUUCUAUGUUAAAGUCAUUACUACUUUGUAUGCAUAUAUUGUAUAGCUAUGUGUACCAAGCCCUAUUCAUGUAACAAUCUGUACCCACUCUCCUUUGUUAAUACUGGUUUUUAUGUAAAAUAAAUUAUGAAUCAUGAAUAAAUAAAUUGUAAAUAAA